AUGGCUAUGGGUGGCUCGUCAGCGCCGGGUCCGCUGACCUCCCACCCGAUCACGGGCCCGCCGCCAAACAUCUCGGCGGCUUACAAAGCCCAGCGGCCCGCGACGAAGCGCGCCAACUCGAUACAGCGCGCCAACUCCCGCUUCGUCGAGGGGUCCAUGAACGACCGUACUUCGGCCGCGCCGCCUAUUGAUUUCCUCGGCCCGGAAGACUCCACCGAGAUUGCGCGCCGCUUCCACAUGGACUUCUAUGUCGAGGCCCCCGACGCUGGAGUCUUUUCGCCCGAGAGGCUUCAACGGCAGCAGUACCACCAGCCACUGCAUCAGCACUCCCAGCCGCUCCUGCACCAACCGACCGUCGCCUACGGCGACGUCAAGAGACCCUCCAGCUCUUCCGGCAGCCAGGGCAGCAAGAAGGGCUUCUGGGGCGGCCUGCGCGAGAAGCUGAGCUUCGUCAGGGACAAGGGGGUUAAGCGUCCUCUCAGCCUGGACAGCAAGCUUCUCGCCCAAGAAGGCGGCAGCGACAGCGAAGAGAUCAUGGCCAGCUACCAGCAGCUGAUGAAGGACGGCUUCUUCGAUGCGCAUGCCAUCCGCUCCACCCGCCAGCCGCCUCCGCCCUCGCUCAAUCCGUCAACUACCAUGUAUUCGAUCAAGCCGCCCGUGGACAAAAAGUCGUUUGCCGAGCGCGUCUCGGGCCAAUGGCCUCCUCUGCUGACGGAAGCGGUCGAGCCGCUGCCCGAGUCCCGCGACGGAAACAGGAAGCGCGGAUUCCCCCCGGCAGAGUACUCGCUUGCCGCCAAGAAGCUGCGCAAAUCGACCUCGCGCAUGUCCGUGGGUCUAUCCACCCCUGACCUGCAGAAGCGACGGUCCCACGCGCAAUAUGCCUCGUCGGAUUCCAUGCCUCCCCCGCCGCCGCCCGACUACCGGCCCCCUCCCCCGCCUCCUCGCGCCGUCGGCGGCGGCAAGGUCUUUGUGCGUCGGUCGUUUAGCAACUCGACAGGAGCGAGCAACAGGCUGGCCAAGCACGCGCCCUCGUCCUUCCUCGGCCCCGUCCUCAUGGACACCGACCUCGAGGUGCCGAACCCGCUGUAUGCGGCUAGCACCCGCAGCAGCAUCGACUCGGACGGUUCCCGGCGCUCCUUUGCCGAGGCCGCCCGCGCGUGGACCUCGCGCACCGCUCGCAAGGCGGCCGAGCCGCUGGGUCUGAGGCCCAACUCGAACCAUGGCACGGCUAUGCAGUGCGGACCCGAUCACUUUAAGAGCCGCGGGUUUGGCUGCGAGGGAGAGAACCGCAUCGCCGUGCAAGAGCGCGAGCUGCCCAGCCGGUGGAGGGGCAUGCGCUUCACAUAG